AUGGCACAUUCCCAGCAUGCGGCAGCCAAGCACCGGUCCAGACGUCGACACCAGACACGCACUCUCUCCCCAUCUCGCCACCAUGAUUGGGACUCACGACAUCCUACCAACCCCCAUUCGCUGCCUUACCGACCCCGACAACCUGAAAUACGAAGGCCCGCCGGCUGGAGCUCGAACUAUUAUUCCCAUCGAGCUGCACUAGUGUCCGACGAGGACGACGAGGACGACGACUUCGAAGUAGACAUUCCCGACCCGAUGCCUCAUCCGCAGCAGCAGCAGCAACUAACCCGGUCGGGCGGCGCUUCCGCCCGGAACGGAAAAGGUCGGGCCGUAUUUCUUGAAGUGGAAGAGGACGACGAGGAUGAGGAGCAAGACCGGAUGAUAUCGAGACUUAGGUCUAGAUCGAGGCCCAGGACGCAGUCGAGAUCGAGAAUAAGGUCGAGGGCUCAGUCGAAGGCUAGAAGCGAGACCAGCAGCGGAGAUGACGAGACUUACGAACUUUCAACGCCCCCGAGGUCCACGCCCGUAUAUCGGUCCAGGCCGACAUCGAGGCUUCCUUCGCCGUCUUCCUCGAGAAGCUCAAGCGUCGACUCCGAUUCGACGACAUCCUCGCAGGAUAUGAGGCUACAGCGGCGAGCCCGUAGUAAAAGACCGUCCGAAGUGCCGGUGACGCCCCCGCCGCCCCCACCCGCCGUCGAUCGGGCCGAGCGUCGACGACAUCGGCAAAGACAACGAGACAGAUCUGCUUACAGGGAUGAAAGCGACGACGACGACGAACCCGAAUUUGACAACAGAAUCCGUUUGCGAGCGAGAUCCAAGUCCGUACCGCGGCAGCCCACACGAAACAUGGAUUCGCGCAGUUCUUCCAUGAGACGCACUUAUCGGCUCCGAUCUCGAGAUCGGUACGAUGAAGGGGGGCCUAGUUCUUCGUCUAAGAGACCACAUCAUCGGAGGAGGUAUUAUGAGUCUGAUGCGGUAUACGCCGAGAAGCCCGCGCUCCCUCGGGCGCACACCGCACCCAGUUCUCAUGUGACGUCGCAGAGUAUGAGCUCCUCUUCAAGACGUUCUUCAACAUUUCUGAAUAGGUUCAUGGGUCCAGGACUCCAAUCGCCCCCAGAUAAGCACUCGAAAAUGGUCGAAUGCGUCGUUUGUCUCGACGACGUCCCAGCAUCGGAGACGGCCAAGCUAAAGUGCAAGCACCGGAUGUGCAAGUCGUGCCUCAAGCGCAGCUUCAAGCUCUCCGUCAAGGACCCGGCACAGAUGCCGCCCCGGUGCUGCAAGUCGGAGUGUAUCCCGGUGAAGCACGUCGAAGCCCUGUUCAAAGACGACUUCAAGAAGACGUGGAACCGGAAGUUUCACGAGUUUUCCACCCGAAACCGCGUCUACUGCCCGGGUAAGAGGUGUGGGCAGUGGAUCAGGCCCGACCAGAUCCAGCGGCACCAGAACGGCCGCAGGGUGGGCAAGUGCGGCAGUUGUCAGACCCGAGUUUGCUGCGACUGCAACAACAGGUGGCACGGCUCCGGCCCGUGUCCCAUGGACGAAGAGAUGAACCAAUUCCUACAGCAGGCCAAAGAGGAGGGAUGGCAGCGUUGCUAUAACUGUAGGAAUAUGGUCGAGUUAAAGGAGGGUUGCAACCACAUGACUUGUCGUUGUGGUGCCGAGUUUUGUAUGAUAUGUGGGCUAAAAUGGAGGACUUGUGAAUGCCCCUGGUUUAGCUACGACGGGCCAGAGAUAGAUCACCUCGACCCUAUGCAGAUUCCGGAACCGGUGAUAGAUCGCGAGAGGCUUAAUCUCAGAAGCGCCCCGCCACCUGCGAUACCAGGUAUGGAUACUAGACGACGCUCGCCUGGCAACGGAUUACGAAACAGACUAAACCCUUUCGAAGACGAAAGGCUUCUUAGACGCUUUCAGCAGGAACAACAAGACGAAGAGCUCGCACGAAGACUUCAGUUUGAGGAUACGGAAGACGACUAUAUGUCACCCGAAGAUAUUGGAGGCAACCAUACAGCUCACUUCCCACGUAAUGAAUACAGACGCCGUGCACAGACUGUAGUGGCACCGCCAGCACCUGCUCCACCACCGGUAGCACCGUUCGACAGAGCAAACUCAGUCAUAGACUACGUUGCCGGUGUGAACAGAGCACGCGGAGUUGGUAACCGUGCUAAUUCGAUGGAACGCCGCCUCGCGGACCGGUUCGAACAGCGUCAAAACAAUAGCCCGGCUCAGCAUUCUUUUGGGCUUCCUAUACCUCCUCCUCCCGCUCCUCCGCGAGCCAUGGGCCCGCCACCUAUCCCGCAAGUACCUUUAGGACAACCCCCUAUGUUGUCACGGAGACAUACCGUGGAUGAUGAUUUGUACGACAGUCCACGAGCCAACCGAAUUCCGGAACGGAUGCUCCCGAGAAGAGCCUCGACGCGCGGUUAUGUUGAUGAGCCGGCUUUCUACGAGCCGGCCCCCCGAGCAAGGCGCCGAGAACGAGCGGCGUCGACGUCGCCUAAAGAUUCCGUCCUCGCCGGACUCACCGGCCCGGGACGCGGGAUGCAUCGCGUGUACGAGUGGGUGAACCACGUCGAGCCCGACCCCCUCACUACGUAAAAUCCCAUGCCAUAAUGUUAAGUACACCAAACUGAUGAGUUUAUUUUAUCUAACGCCUGAGCUCACAUCGGAACCCCCUCCUGUUUUUGACGAUGUUCAUGAUGCAAAUGAUGCGGUUGACGAGGUUUUCUUUCACGAAUAAUCUUCCCCCCCCCUUUUCGCGCAAGUUGUAUCACCAUCUGCAUUUACAUUUACAUCUACAAUCUACAGCAAUAUCUACGUUUUUACGCAAACCGGCAUGUUGGCGAGUCGAGCUUCUCGAGCGGCUAAAGCUAUUCAUACAAAGCAAAUAUUACUGGAUAUGGUUCAAGUCUCAGGACACAUUGUAUUUCGUAUUCGGUUGUUUUUUUUCUGGGGUAAAUCUGGGAACAAGGAGUUUUCACGGAACCAAAUCCAUCGUUAUUAUUCUUACUAUCUCGAGGAUUCUCUACAGACAUUCUAUAAGGGGGAAACAGAACUGUCGCUUUUUCGUUUCUUCCUGUCACGUCAUCAUCCUACCUACAUAGAAAGAAAGAAAAACCCUCUCAAAAAAAUAAAUUCAAUCACCGAUUCCUCUUAAAUCUCGUACGCUUUUAAGCAAAAUCAGAAGCCAUCCUCUCCAACCCGAUGUCCAACAUGAGUGACUUGAGUGAAGAAUAAAAAAAUCAAAAUUUCGUAGAUCCUUGGAGCAA